AACAAUGUAUUUUCGUUACUUGAGACAAAGUACAAUUUUAUCCGCAAUUUUCCUCACUCUUGUUGUUAUGGCUCUCGUGAACAUUAUUUCCUUUUGGCAGUCUGAUUUUUCUAAUAAUCGAAGAUAUCUAAGGGGCAGCAAUCGAACGUACUUAUCAGAGAACAGUUCACCAGUUUUCCUGAAUGCAGACAACAAGAUGUCAAAGAAAUUUUUAUACUUGCUUCAAACAGAAACGUGUAUGCCAGAACAUUUAAAAAAUGCAAAUGCCAUUGGAAAUUCAUCGUCUUGUAAUUGUGAUGUCCUGAUACUUGGCUACAAGUCUUCGUGCAAUGAAGCCUCACCAGAGCAUGUUCAACACGUGCACGAUCCUAACACAACUUGGAGUACUGGACGAAAUCUUCUUUACAACAUUGCUAUGAAAAGAACGACUAAAUACCUGUAUUAUAUUUAUUUGGACGACGAUAUACUGCUUAAACCAAGCUGGGAAAACGAUCGCGAGGUAAACAGCGACAAUUCUUGGCGAUUUUUUGAAAGAUUUUUACUGGAAUACACCCCACCAGUUGGUAUAACUGGAUUUUGCAACGCAAAUUUUGUGCCAUCUUGUAAAAGGCCAGACAAGCCCGCCGUUAUUCGAAUUCAGGGUUUAUUUGAUGCCGCUUUUAACGCUUUUCACGUUAAGGCUCUGCCGUACUUGUUACCUUACAUAACAAAAUACGAGGACAUCUCGUGGUGGUAUAGCCAACAUUACUUACAUGGUUUUGCAACGGUCAACUUCAAGGGAGAAGGUGUCGUGUCAAAUGAAGCAAUCACUGCUGUAAAUAUCAAACACAGGAAUUAUCCGCGAAGAGAUGCAAACGUAGAAACCCUUAAGUUCAUUAUGCAGGAUGUCGUUGAGAUUGUAAAACGAAAGAAUUUGCCAGAAAUUGUGUGGCGAGGAAAGAAGGUGACUCGUGUGGUGUUGAAAAGAAGAGACUGUUCAUGUUAUUUGUGA